AUGACUCAGGUUCUUUCUAAAUCCAAGAAGGAUCCUGAGGAUUCUAUGCCGAUAUUGAAACUAGCUGACACUGAAAAGAGGCCAGCCGAAACCGCAUUAUCCGACGUCCCACCAUCUAAGAAGCUGAAGUCUGAUUGCUCAAAGAAAGAGAAUAGCUUUCCUUUCAAGGUCGAGUUGAUGAAGAAGGACUUGGUAAAAAAGACUCAAGAAGCUACCAAUCUCCUCUCUUUCCUCAACCAGGCCGAAGCUAGUAACCGAAAUCUAAUGGAUAAGGCCAAGGCUGUCAGGACUACUCAAGGCAAGGUCGAGGCUAAAGAGGAAGAAACUGAGUCCGCUGCCGAAUCAGCCAAGGCCAAGGCUAAGGCUACCGAGGUCAGAGUUACUGAAGUCAAAGAAAAGCUUAAGGAGGCUCUGGAUAGCAAAAAGGCUAAGAUCAAGGCGGCUGAUGAAAAGGCCUAUGCCGAAGAUAUCACCCAACUGCAAGUUCCUUUUCCCCCUGUGUCUGAUACUUCUGAGGCUGAGGCCAAAGACGAUGAUGAAGACGAGGUCGAGGUCGAAGUUGUAGUUGAAGCCACAACUGAGGCCGAGGUUGACACACUGGCCAAGUCUUCCACUCUCAAUGAUCAAGUCCUGGACUUGACCGGAGAGGAUGAAGACGAGGUCCCCAAGAAUACCUCUCCAACAAAGACAACUUAUGAGGUCAAGGUACAGGCCGCGGUCCAGGCCGCCGAGAGGGGCCUUGACGAGACCUUACUAGAGAUUGAUGCCAAGAUUCAGGUCGACAAAUUUGCCCAGUUGACUACCGAGGCUGAAACACUGCCAAUUGCCGAGGCAACACAGUCCAAGGAAAACAUUACCCAAGAUCCCAGUACUUAA